AGAAAAUGGUUUCCUGGUCGUAGUACUGCUUUGGGAGUAUUUAAUGUACAACGUAACAGCAAAAAAAAAGUCCAAUAGGCGGCGUUCAUCACAUGCUUUGAUAAACAUGCUUUACCCAGGGAAACAAUGGACGUUAAGCGGCGAAUUUAAUUACCCACGCCAAAUUACUUGGUGUAGGUAAAGGGUCUGAAACCUAACAUGGUUGCUAUUUGAGGUAUUUGUUUUAACCUAAAGACAACCUGGAGAAAAAAAACCGAAGUAAUGUCAACUAUCCGCAAGCGUGUCAAGCAUAGGGGUUUGCCGGCAGUAAAAGAUUCCGUAGGGGUGUGGGAUGGUGUUCGCCGGCACUGAAUAGCGGGAUUAGACGAAGUGGAAAUUAACUAUAGGGCGGUACACGGUCUCCCCGGUUUCUACGCUCCUGGUCGGGUGUAAUAAUCCAAUAAAAACAUGUCGCGGCCCGAUUUUGGGAGGCAGACCGGUAAACCUCUGAAUUUGGUCUGUAAGGUUCGGAACAAUGUCGGUUUUCAAGAGACCUCAGAUACAGUAUCCAAUAAAUAUGGAUAAAUAUAAAACGAAAGUUGGUCCUAUAAUUCUUCAUUGUGGUGUUCAGACGUGUGGGAAAUGGGAGGCGAAUUAGGACAGAGCCGAACACCGGCAUGGGUGGGGUGCGCAGUCCUUCCGACAGGUGAGGUGCGACCCACUUCACACUCCAAGGCACCAGGUAGAGGUACGAGAAGAUACAGGUGGGGGGGGGGCAGUAUGUCUAGCGCAAUCGUGGAGCGGAUCAGCACCCUGUCACUGAGCGUGCAGCAGCUUGGCCGACUGCCCCGCGUUCUGGAUGCCCUGCCCUCCCUCCCCUCCCUGAGGGGCACCGUGCAGGCGUCCGAUGUGCCUGCACUCUUCCGUGAGCCGUACAUCCUGUCAGGCUACCGGCCCGCGGGCCAGGACUGGCACUGCUACCUCCUCAGCCUCUUCCAGUGGCACAACGAGUCGCUGAACGUGUGGACGCACCUUCUGGCCAUUCUGCCGCUGCUGCUGCGCUGCUGGGUCUCCGCCGGCACCUGGGGCGUGGGGGCGGUGGCCCCGGAUCCCGUCUCGCUGCCGCUGCUCCUCUUCGUGCUGUCAGCCAUCUCCUACCUGCUGUUCAGCACCGCCGCCCACCUGCUGCAGUCACGCUCCGAGCUGGCGCACUACGCACUCUUCUUCCUGGACUACGUGGGCGUCGGCUUGCACCAGUAUGGCUGUGCCCUGGCACACUAUUUUUACAGCGCAGAGCCGGCCUGGCACCAGAGCAUCGUGGGGGAGGUCUUCCUGCCCGCCACUGCCUUCCUUGCUUGGCUGUCUUGCAGCAGUUGCUGUUACGCCAAGCUCCGUUACCGCCGCCCGUACCCCUUGCAGAGGAAGAUCAUCCAGCUGAUCCCUGCUGGCAUGGAGUACCUGUUGGUCAUCAGUCCAGUGAUUCACCGCCUGGCCACGGGUUCCUGGAACGACCCGGCGCUGCCUUUCCAUGCUCUCCAGGUCGUCUUCUUCAUCCUGGCCGCCUUCUUCUACUCCUGCUCCCUGCCCGAGCGCCUCUUCCCGGGCCGCUGCGAUAUCGUGGGCCACGGCCACCAGAUCUUCCACGUCUUCCUGGUGCUGUGCACGCUCUGCCAGCAGGAGGCGCUGCUGGAGGACUUUGCUGCCCGCCGGGAGUCGGUGGUGCAGGUGCACGGCCAGGGCUACCUGCUUUUGGCCGCCGCCUCCUUCGGCGUGCUGAUGCUGUGCAGUGCGGUGACCGCAGUGCUCAUGUGCGCCGUGGUGCAGCGACGCUUGCAGUGGAAACAGGAGUGACAUCGCCCUGCAAAGGAGGACAUGCACAGAUUUAGUUUCCAAUGUGUUUAUAGUAAUUUAUGGGCUUAAUUUAUAAGACUAGGGCUUAAAUCACAGAUCAGUAUGUUUACCCCAAUCUCUGUUAUUGUUGUUUUAUUAUUAUUAUUAUUUUAUUAUUAUUAUUAUUAUUAUUAUUAUUAUUAUAUUAUGAA